UAGAUGAAAUCAGCUAUUAUACAACUGAAAUAGCAGGAGUUACAUGUAAGAAAUGAGGAUGUUAACAACAUGAGAGGAUCAGGCCAGAAAAUGGAGAUGAGAGAAAUAAUUGUGCUGUUUUGCCACCAUCAUCAGUGGGCAUAAGAGCAACCUUGGUCAAAUUAGAUACUGAUCUAGACUUUUAGAAGAUUGAAAUUGUCAGGGAUUCUGCUUUAAAUUCGGUAGAAUUGAGUACCAGAGGUUUGGUGAUUAGAGGGUCAACUGAUCAGAAGUUUGGAGCCAUCAAGGCUAGUUUACAAAAGUAGUUGACCAUUUUGUAUUAGACCAAAUUUUAUCACCAUGAUGGAAGGAAUCCCCUUCAAGUAUGUCAGCCAGGACACCUGGAUACAGCUGGCUAACAAACUUGACUUUGAUACAAUGAUGGGCAACAACUGGAAGAUGCUGGCAGAGAAACUGGGAUAUGAAGUGGAAGACAUCUUGAAUAUUGAGUGUCGCCAAACACGGCAUGGUCGCAACACUGUGAAACUGUUUGAGGACUAUGUUAAGAGAUCUGGAAAUUCUGUAACAAAGUUAAGGAAGGCCCUAGAAAGCAUGGAUCGUCCUGAUGCAUUGGAUGUUCUGCUGGACGCAAUACCAGAAAUUGAACGGAAAUACACCGCUGCUAUGAGAAACAACAACAGGAGGGUGAAGAUUGAACCUGGUGAGAAUUCCUACAACUUUCCCUCAGGUUGCUGCUCUGGAAGUUGUGUCAGCUCUUCGGUGGCUAAUUCUGGGAUAUCCCAACACCACAACAUGAAUGUAUGUCCCAAUCAGUUCAGUGUCUAUAAUCUGCAGCAUUGUCCAGACAUGUCUUCACACUCAUUGCAUGUCACCAAGGAACUGAACACUAUGCCCCACAACUAUCAGUCAUACAGCUCACCGGCCAGCGUACAACACACCGGGGUCCACACACCUCGUAACUCCUCUCAAUAUAUGUCUACUUACACAAGUUCAAGUAUGAAUGAUGAGAGUAUGGAGGUAAACAUUGAUGUAGCUGACCACUACCUCCAAGAAAAUAUCCAAAUGGACAAUGAAUCUGAAUCGGUUUCGAGGCUUUGGCCCAAAGAUGAAAAGGCUGCCUUGCCUAGAACCAUAUUCAAGGCCACAAACUACCUACCGUCCCUUAAUCGAGUGCCACCUUUGAUCAAUUAUAAUGACAUGCAAGUUGGGAAUGAGGAGGUGGUGGAGACCACAGAACGCAUGUCUGGACAUGCUACAGCUCAAUUCGGUCGACAAUUGUCAGAAGAAAUGAAUGCUAAUCAGCCUUUAGUAGAUCCACAGGGAAUGCCAGCAGCUUCUAAUGCCAACUUAGGACUGAAUUUACAAGUACGACCAAAGAAAGGGCAACAAACUCCAGUCGACAAAAAGAAAUUCUGUAGUCCAAGUCCAACAACACCUGGUAAUCCUUUGGCUAAACUACAACAGUUCACAAACUCUGAAUCUUACAUGCCUAAUGAGGAAUAUAAUUCUAUUAUGGCUGCUAAAAACCGUGAAGAGAUGCUGUAUAAUCGUAGUAAUUUAGAGGAUGUGCAAUGUCGCUUACGUGGUGGAGGUGAUCAGGGUAUCGUUCAUAGGGAACCACAGACAGAGGAGGAUUUCCAAAUGAUAUUUAAUUUUAAUGCAGGAUUCAGAAAUCAUCGAGGUGUACAUGAACAACAGCUGCAGAUUCAAAAUCAACGCGUUAUGAAAGAUAAAGGUCCCGCAAAUAAAGAACCUCCAAAAACAUUUCCCCGAGCCAAAUCUAUGAUGCAUUGUACGUCGACUGUUGGAGGAGCACAGGGAAACCAAUCAGCAGAAUGUAUGUCAGGACUCACCAAGUCGAAGUCCAUGCCAGAUGAUAUGAAACCUGUGGAGUACCAGAGAAAAAACUUCUGGCAUAUCAAAGUUUUUGUAACGUAUUCCAACGACUGCAAGCGCCACAUCCAAAGAGUGCUCAACCUGUGUCGCUGUCUGGAGAAGAAUGGCUUCACUUGUUGUAUGGAUGUUAAUGAUCGCAAGAUGGUGGACAGCCAUAAUAAAUUAGAAUGGUGUAACCAGCGUUUUUCUGAGGCUGACUUUGUACUGGUGUGUGUGUCUCCUAAUUAUCUGACCGAGGCAACUUGUAUUGUGGAAAACAAUGACAGUGCACUUCAUACUGCAUAUAUCUACCAGUUGAUGGAGAGUGAGAUUCAAAGUGGUGGUGGGGACCUAGAAACAAGGUUUAUUCCGAUCAUGUUUGACGAGUCACGGCCAGAAGACAUUCCAAAGAUAAUGCAACAUAGACUUAGCUAUCAAUGGCCUAAACAGUACAGAGACCUACUAUGGUACCUAACUAAGCCUGAAACUCGCACCAAGACCAAAGCCAGUAAUUAUGUGGAGCAGUGUCCUAGAUCUCCCAAGUCUCCGAACAUCCCCACGUAAUCCUUACAUCAGAUCUGAUCUGACACUUUGUGUGGAUUCAAUGCCAUUACUCUUGAGACAAUAUUUGCAUUGUGUGGAAAACACACUUGAUAUCGUGAACACGGGACUCUUACAAGAAACAGUGCCAUAAUGUAUGGGACAUUAUAUUUUUAACUGAAAUAUGUAAACAGAAGUAGGUGGGAUUGUGGUUUUAAUACUAGAUAGUGUGUGACAGUAUGAAGGUACAUUCUAGAACAGUACUGAUAUAGUCUUCAUGUGGAACUGAAACAGUCCACAACUGAAAGUCUACAUCGUCACAUAUCACACUCGAUGAUCUAAUAUUUAGAUUCAUACGUGUUACACACCAUAAUAAGGAAUCUGUUUUUGAACAUUUUAGUACACAUCGAGACAAACAGUGGAUGUGAGGUGGAAGAUACAAAGUUAUUGGAGAUAUGUAUUAAUUGGUGAGAGUGUAUUUUUAACUGGGCAAACAUUUUUCAGCAUACAGGAUGUUGUGCAGUACCAUGUGCAAUGAGAUAGAAGUAUAAUUAGGGUGUAGUCAUAUGAAACAAUGAUGUCAUUAUGAUACAGAGUGACUUUAAACAGUUUUAGUGUGAGGAGCAAAUUGAAAUCAGUGUGUAGAAUGAUGGCCAAAGAAUGAAUGGAGGAAAUCAUGUUACUGUAAAGAGUUAUAUGAAGGGUUAUGAACACCUGCAAGAUCAAAUUGUGGUAAUCAAUUUUGCUAUAACAGUAUAUAGAGUCAAGUUGUUCACAAACUUCUGGCAUUCUGAAAAUGGGGUCAUUGAAUGUCCAAGGUGCAUAUACUUGUGUUACUCAGUGAUCAAUCUACAAUUUAUUUUCAUGAGUCCUUUUUAACUUUAUUGUUAAAAACAAUUGGUCCUGCAGUGUAAAAUUUAAGAAUUUCCAAAAACUUGAUGAGUAAAAGACUUGUAUGUAGAUGUAUCACUGCGGUUACUUUCAGACACAGUAUCAUUUCACAGAAGUUCUGCAGUACGAAAUUUUUUUCUUUGUUACAUUCUAUGUCCAUAAUGAAUAUAUAUAAACGAUGCUCAAUCAUUAUGUAUUGAAAUGUAGUGUUUUAUUAUUUUUGGCUCGAGCCAGUUGUUGGUGACCCUGCUGAUGUGGUUCAGUGAGACUGGACGCUUCAGGAAGGUCAAGAAUAUUUAAUUCUUCUUAUGGUGUUAUUGUUUUCUUAAAUAUCUCAUGUACAGAAGAAACAUGUUUGUCAGUCAGCAUGGUAUACAAUACCUUUGAAGAUCAAAUCGUCAAAGUGACUGAAAGAGAAUACACGUGUAAGAAAUAGAUGUUUUACGAUACACAGAUUGUUGAUAUUUUAAGUGGAUCUAUGUUGUUAUAUUGAUGAUGUAGUCUGUAUAGUAGAAUAGUUUUAUUAUUGUUGAUAUUUUAAUGGAUUUUAUUGUUAUAUUAUGUGAUAUGUCAGUGACAUUGUCAUACAGGGCAACAUUGCGAUGAAUCAUUGAUUAAACAUCACCAAGUGAUGUAUCUUAGAUUUGUGUAUUUUCUGUUACCUGUAUUCAUUUUGGAUAGUGUAUGUUUCUUACUUCUUAACUUAUUUCAUUGUUAAUGACGGUAAAUCAGUUAAGGAGAUUGUUACUGACGGUAAAUCAGUUAAGGAGAUUGUUACUGACGGUAAAUCAGUUAAGGAGAUUGUUACUGACGGUAAAUCAGUUAAGGAGAUUGUUACUGACGGUAAAUCAGUUAAGGAGAUUGUUACUGACGGUAAAUCAGUUAAGGAGAUUGUUACUGAUGGUAAAUCAGUUAAGGAGAUUGUUACUGACGGUAAAUCAGUUAAGGAGAUUGUUACUGACGGUAAAUCAGUUACAAGAUUGUUACUGACGGUAAAUCAGUUAAGGACAUUGUUACUGACGGUAAAUCAGUUUACGAGAUUGUUACUGACGGUAAAUCAGUUAAGGACAUUGUUACUGAUGGUAAAUCAGUUAAGGACAGUAGUUCAUUUCUGUAAGCACAAUGACGUAAAAAUCUGACAAAGACAGAUCAACGUUUGUUUUAGGGUUUAUUACUGUGUGAACAGACAAGGUCAUUAAGAAGCAUGAUCUUCAUGUAGAAUGUGGUGGGUACCUAACUGAGCAUCAUACAGAAGGCCCAUCACACAAUGUCCAGAGUAAUAGGGGUAAACUAUCUUUCUUCCAGAAAUAACCAUGAAUUUCAAGACAGCCGUGAUCUUCCUAAAAACAUUCUUGGGAAGGAAUCAAACUGCACAACUCAGAUUUUGACCAGUAAAUAGUUGUUAAUGGUUUGAGAGUUCAGAUAUGUAAUUUCAGACCAAACUUAACACCUGAGAUUUUGACCAGUAAAUAGUUGUAAAUGGUAUGAGAUUUCAGAUAAGUAACUAAAGAUAAAACUAAACACCUGAGAUUUUGACCAGUAAAUAGUUGUAAAUGGUAUGAGAUUUCAGAUAAGUAACUUAAGAUGAAACUAAACACCUGAGAUUUUGACCAGUAUAUAGUUGUAAAUGGUAUGAGAUUUCAGAUAAGUAACUUAAGAUAAAACUAAAUACAUGAGAUUUUAACAGGUAUAUAAUAGGAAAUGGUACCUCUAUUUGGUGCCUAUGUAACUUUAAACAGUACACCUGUUCUAGUGUUUUCACUUCAUACCCCACCCAUCAGAUUUAUUGUUUCAAGCAGUAUAGUGUGUCAAAAUAGAAUUUUACAAAUAGUUGUACAUAUAUA